AUGUUAAUAUCUGAAACACACUUUACCAAGAAAAAUUACAUUAAAUUUGCUAAUUAUACUACUUACCAUACUUUGCAUCCAGCCGGCACUGCGCAUGGUGGAUCCGCUAUUAUCAUCAAAAACACAAUCAAGCAUCAUCUAAGUAAUAAUUACCAAACAGAGAAAAUGCAAGCGACAAACGUAGUAAUCGAGGAUUGGAUUAGCCCGAUUACCAUCUCAGUUAUUUACUACCCGCCAAAACAUGCAACCAAACAAGAAGACUUUGAAAGCUACUUUGAAACACUGGGCCAUCGUUUUAUCUCUGGCGGAGACUUCAAUGCUAAACACCCCUUAUGGGGCUCGCGACUGAUGUCACCUAAAGGAAGAGAACUAUGUAAAGCAAUGGAAAACCUAAACCUAGAAUCAGCAUCUAAGGUGGAGCCAACAUACUGGCCCACAGAUAGAAGAAAAAUCCCUGAUGUAAUAGAUUUUUAUGUCAUCAAAAAUAUAAACAAACGAUAUUUAAAGGUACAAUCGUGCUUGGAGCUUUCGUCAGACCACUCACCGGUAUUAUUAUCAGUGUGUAGCAAAGUGUUUAAAAAAGAGAAGCCGUGUGUACUGUGCAACAGGAGAACUGACUGGACGUACUUUCGAGAGCAGGUAGAAAAAACUCUAAAUACAUCUAUAUCCCUAAAAACAGAGAACGAAAUAAAUGAGUCAGUAGAACACUUCAACCUCAGCAUACAGCAAGCAGCGUGGAAUGCCACAUCAUUUAGUUACACAAAGGGGAAAGAUAAUGAAUGGUCCGACUUGACAAAACAAAAAAUAACAGAAAAACGAAGAUUAAGAAAACAAUGGCAAAUGACAAGAUCCCCCGAGAUAAAGACUAAGCUGAAUAGGGCAACAAAACACCUACAAAAGCUGUUAAAUUAUGAGAAAAAUCAAAGAACUCAAGAAUAUUUACAAAAUCUGGGAGCAACUCAAGCAACUGAUUACUCACUCUGGAAAGCUACUAAACGAUUAAAACAACCAGUACCCUGUGUAUCAUCAGUGCGUCGACUCGAUGGCACGUGGGCUAAAAGCGCAACCGAAAAAGCUAAUACAUUUGCCGAGCACUUAAAGGAAACAUUCACUCCAUAUGAUGCUGAGCAAACAGGAGAAGAACCUAAUCUGUAUGGCAUUAAAUAA